AUCUCAAAGGGAUAUUAUUGUAAGUUCACCCACAAAAAAGCACAAAUUUUGGGUACAUUUCAUUUUUUAUGCCUCUCGAGCUCACGAAGAACAAGGAGAGCUACCAACGGAGACUUGGCGCAGUGGUGGCGGCGGCAAGUGAGGGAUCGAGGAAAUAACUGGAAGCAACGAGGGUUACAGAGACGGCAGGUGGAUCCGCGCACACUAUUCGAGGCCGUGCAAGAUGAAGCGGAGGGUCCUCGUCGCGCUCCUCGCCCUCGCCGUCGUUCUUCUCGUCUUCUCCGUCGUUCACAAGGAGGUAGGAUUGUUAUUGGACUCUAUGGAGAAGUGGCGCCAAAAACUGUUGAAAAUUUUAAAGCCCUCUGCACAGAGGUAUUUGCACUUGCAUCAGUAGCUAUUCCUGUGUUGUUAUUUGAUUUUGUUCAUCUUUUAUCAAACAUGUACAUUCUAACAAUUGUAUAUAAUGGUACUGUUCGGCACAUGCAAGACAUCUUACUAGCUUGUUUUGCCCUUCCAGGAAUUGUUUCAAUGGUGAACAGGGGGCCUGAUACCAAUGGAUCCCCGUUCUUCAUCACCACAGUUAAGGCUAGCUGGUAA